AUGUCAGAUUCAAGUAUCGAUGAUGAAUUAUUCGGGUAAGACACCAGAGACAAUAAAACUCAGACCCCCAUUAAGCAAGAUAACAUUCCUGCUUACACUUAAUCAUUUCCAUUUUAAUAGAUGGUCAGAGAAAACCAUCUUCAAAUUCACUCUAGAUAUGGGUACAUCUGUAUAUUUCUAUAUAAGGAUUACUACUUCCCUGGCCAAACAGUUAGAGGAUUUGCCUUGAUAGAUCUAUUCAACCCAAUAUAAAGCAAUAAAAUCAUGAUAAGAGUUAAAGGCAAAGAGAUCCCAGGUAAACAUGGGCUUAAAAUUAGUAAAAAGCUUAAGGAAGACCCAGAGAGUUUCUCAAAUGGACAAUACUUACUGAGUUAGUAAUCUGUUCUUAUGGGUAACGAUUUUAUGAAACAUGAAGAAUAAAUUACAUUGAAUAACUAAUAUUCAUUCAAGUAAAAGCCAAAGCAUGCUUACUUAAACCUUCCAACAGUCAGCAGUUCAAUCAACUUAAAAUUUCAGACUUUAAGAAUUAACCUUCACCAAGAUUAGAAAAAGAGCACAAUUCGGGGCAAUAAUCAACGAGUUGGUUUUGAGUUUAAAGAUUAAGUAACGCCUAAUGGCUAGUACAGACUUCCCUUUAGUUUCAAGAUGCCAGCUACUCUUCCUGGCUCAUUUAAAUACUAAAGUCGACACGGGGAUAAGAUACUGAUCCAGUACUCUAUUGAUAUAUACUUUGAUAAGUUUAAAGGAGUUGUAAGACAUAAAAAAGAACUAGAAAUCAGAGAGUUUCUAUUCACUUCUCAGGAAAUAGAUGAAGACUAUAAAAACUUUGAAAAGAUUAGAAAUAUUAAGCAUGUUCUAAAACCUGUUGCGUCUGUCGCUCAAAUGGUGUCAUUAGGAGAAAAACAUUUUAUAGAAGAUAGUCAGUAGCUCAGAUUAGAGUUAAAAUCAUAAGUCCCAUAUGGUUUAACUAACAAUAACUGGUCUUUGGAUUAAGUUAAUCAUUAAUUUGAUUUGAAACUGCUGCAGCUGUUCAAGGACGGGGUUUUAAAAAAGAAAAAAUAAGAGAAGCAGGAGUUUAUAUUUGACUUGGAAAAGAUUCUAAGUGACUUCAAAGACCUUGAGAGAUUUGCAGACGACAAAAUCAAGAAAUCAUAGAUAAUAUAAUAGAUGAGCUUUAACAAUAAAAAAGAGGAAACUGUCAAACCGUAAGGAAAGAGAAGAGAAUCAUUCUCAAUUUUCGAGAGAUAGCUGAGUAGAUUUAUUGAGGAGACUUCCAAGUUCACUUUCUACAGUGUUUAUGGACUAACUAUUCAAAGUGAAUUCACUCUUGAUGUCACCAUUGUAGUUGCUGAUAAGUUCUCAGAGACAGCUCAUGAGAAAAAGUUUCCUAUAAUUAUCAGAUAACCAAAAAAUGGUGACUACUUGAUUGAUUACGGAGUCUUAGAGGCACCGAAGUAGGCUUAAAUCGGGCAAAAGAUACUUGAGAGAUACAAUGAAUUUGUUGAUCCAUUCUCUUUAACUGGCUGCAACUUUGAAAUAUAAUUGUGA